UUACCCAGGGAUGAUCUAUCACUGCCCUGCCAGUACAACAAGACUUACCCACUGACUUCUUCAAGCAAAUAGAUAAACGGAAUCUCUUAUAAAAUCGCAAUUAUCAGUGAUCGGGACACUAACUCUAAAAAUACCAGCCAGCAAUAUUUAUGGCAAAGUAAUCUUAUGAAAGGCAAUUUAACGUGGAUCUCUUCGAAAAAAUUAUCUCUUGCAUGGGAGAAGAACGUCGUGGCACUGACCUCGUAUCUAAAUAUGAAGGGCAGAGGAAUGGAGUUGUCUGAACUAGUGACUUUUGACGGAAGACUAUUAACUUUUGACGACAGAUCUGGAGUGACGUUUUUUUUAGAAGGGGACAAUGUUUAUCCUUGGGUCAUACUCAUGGAUGGCAAUGGAAGGAGUAAAAAAGGUUUUAAAUCUGAGUGGGCUACUGUGAAAGACGAACUACUGUAUGUUGGUAGUAUGGGCAAAGAAUGGACUACUUCCACUGGAGAGUUUGUACACAACGAUCCUAUGUGGGUUAAAGUUAUUUCACCUAAUGGUGAAGUUUAUUCUAGAAAUUGGAAAUCAAACUUCAAACACUUACGAGAAGCCAUAGGUAUUGAAUAUCCAGGCUACAUGAUUCAUGAGUCGGGAGCCUGGAGUGAUGUCCAUAAAAAAUGGUUUUUCCUACCAAGAAGGUGUUCAAAAGAGAAAUAUGAUGAAAAAAUAGACGAAACUAUGGCUUGCAAUGUAUUGCUAAUAGCUGAUGAGAAAUUUGUAAAUAUUAAGGUAGUGUAUGUGGGCUCAUUAGUGCCAAUCAGAGGAUUUUCAAGUUUCAAGUUCCUCCCUGAUUCAAAUGACUCGAUAAUUGUGGCUCUGAAGACUGAAGAAUAUCUAAAUAAAACUGCUACCUACAUAACAGCCUUCAAUAUUGAUGGACAGAUAAUUAUGCCUGAUCUCCAUGUGGCAGACGAAAAGUUUGAAGGCUUAGAAUUUAUAUGA